UGGCGGAACACGUCCUGUACUGUUGAAACUAGCGAACUCACCCUCCCACUGUUGAAGAUUUGCUUUUCAUCAUGUUCUUGACAAGAUCAGAAUACGACAGAGGGGUAAACACUUUCUCUCCAGAAGGAAGACUUUUUCAAGUAGAAUAUGCCAUUGAAGCUAUCAAGUUGGGUUCCACGGCCAUUGGCAUUCAGACAUCGGAGGGGGUAUGUCUCGCUGUCGAGAAGAGAAUAACUUCUCCUUUGAUGGAGCCCAGCAGCAUUGAGAAGAUUGUAGAGAUUGAUUCUCAUAUUGGCUGUGCAAUGAGUGGCUUAAUAGCUGAUGCUAAAACACUUAUUGACAAAGCAAGAGUGGAAACACAGAACCAUUGGUUUACAUACAAUGAGACAAUGACAGUGGAGAGCAUAACGCAGGCUGUGUCUAACCUCGCUCUGCAGUUUGGUGAGGAGGAUGCUGAUCCUGGUGCAAUGAGUCGUCCUUUUGGUGUAGCUCUGCUUUUUGGAGGCUUGGAUGAGAAAGGACCUCAACUAUUCCACAUGGACCCUUCAGGCACUUUUGUCCAGUGUGAUGCCAGGGCUAUUGGCUCAGCAUCCGAGGGUGCUCAGAGCUCUCUGCAGGAAGUCUAUCACAAGUCCAUGACGUUAAAGGAUGCCAUCAAGUCUUCUCUCACUAUCUUGAAACAAGUGAUGGAGGAGAAGCUGAAUGCCACUAACAUUGAGCUUGCCACAAUUGAGCCAGGCAAGACCUUUCACAUGUACACAAAAGAAGAGCUUGAGGAUGUAAUUAAGGAUAUCUAGAGCUGAACAAAGCUGUGCUAAGCCCAACUGAUGUUCAAUAAAGAAAUCGAAUGUAAUUUGUGUGAAUCAUCACACGUCAAUUGCAAUGUAAUGAUCUGGAUGCUUCCUACGGAUUUUCUCUUGUCAAUUCAAAACUUUCUAUGGUUCUGUACCAUCACAGAACAGCAGAUCUUGUAAUUGAAAUGGGGGGGAUAUUUGUUACAAACCACUGUUAAUAAACAGUUG